AUGACUGGAAAUGAUCAGAAUCCUGGGGCUGCCCAUGCCCCAAGAACAAAACCACGCCCCCCGCCGCCGCCGUUUUACCUCCCGCUCAAUACCACACUGUAUUUGUGUCUGAUUUCCAAUGGCCUUGCGGCAUUGUUCGCCCCGAUCCAGGAUUGCGAUGAGGUGUUUAACUUCUGGGAACCGGCACACUAUCUCCAACAUGGAUAUGGGCUGCAGACAUGGGAAUACUCACCCGUGUAUUCGAUCCGAAGCUGGCUUUACGUCUCGCUACAUGCGGCCGUGGGUAAGCUAGGGUCACUGGCUGUCAACAGCAAGACAGCCGAGUUCUAUGUCAUUCGAUUUUUCCUCGCCUUUGUGUGCGCCGCCUGCCAGACCAGGUUGUACGCGGCCAUCUGCCGAACGCUCAGCCCCCGCAUCGGUCUGUUGUUUUUGAUGAUUGUGGCAUUCAGCCCGGGCAUGUUCCAUGCUUCGACCGCCUUUCUACCCUCGACCUUCACCAUGUAUAUGAAUAUGUUGGGUCUCGCUGCUUUCUUGGACUCGAGGGGCGGGCAAAAGACUGCCCAGGGAAUCAUGUGGUUCGGGCUGGGUGCCAUCGUCGGGUGGCCAUUUGCCGGUGCUCUCAUUGUUCCCCUUUUGGCUGAAGAGCUCAUCCUUGGCUUCCUCUCUGGAUCCAUGAGCUCGGUUCUGUGUUACAUCUUUGAUGGGGUGGCGAGAUGUCUAGUUAUCUUGGGGCUCGAAGUGGCCGUGGAUUACGCUUGCUUCCAAAAAAUUGUCCUCGUUCCUUGGAACAUUGUUGCAUACAACAUAUUCGGCGAGCAGGGCAAAGGACCCGAGAUCUUUGGAACCGAGCCGUGGACUUUCUACGUGCGAAACCUGCUGUUGAACUUCAACGUCUGGUUUGUCUUUGCCAUAAUAUCCGCGCCACUCUUGCUCCUCCAGGGGCUCUUCCGAUCGCAAACCACGUCGAUUCAGACACUGCUACGCUCCAUCACCCUGGUCACGCCUUUCUACCUAUGGUUUGGCAUCUUCACAGCCCAACCGCACAAAGAGGAACGGUUCAUGUACCCAGCAUAUCCCUUCCUUGCACUGGAUGCGGCCCUCGCAUUCCACCUAGUUUUAUCGUAUAUCGGGUCGAGCAACCCCAAAGAGUUCAUUGGGCGUGUACCGACCAAACUGAAGCUCGUCGCCGUUAUGCCGAUCAUUCUGGUCGCCAUCAAUGUCGGCAUGCUGCGCACUCUCGGUAUGGUGACGGCGUACAACGCUCCACUGAAGGUCUUAGAGCCGCUGCAGACCGCAGAAGUUGCCCUAGCCGGGGAGUCAGUCUGCUUCGGCAAGGAGUGGUAUCGCUUCCCGUCAAGUUACUUCCUGCCACACGAGAUGCGGGCCAAGUUCAUUCGAAGUGAAUUCCGAGGACUGCUGCCGGGCGAGUUUCCCGAUGCGGCCAGCUAUCGUGCUCGUCUGGACGGCGCCUCGCAGAUUCCGUCGGGCAUGAACGAUGUCAACGUUGAGGAUCCCAACAAAUACGUGGAUCUUGCUCAAUGUUCGUUCCUCGUCGACUCGUACUUCCCCGGCCGCGAAGCCACCGAGCUGGAGCCUCACUAUGUCUUGGACGAGUCGCAGUGGGAACCUCUUAAAUGCGAGCGCUUUCUCGAUGCAUCACAGACAAGCCUUUUGGGCCGGCUGAUCUGGAUCCCUGAUUUGCCAUUCAUCCCUGAGCGCUUCCGACGAACCUGGGGCCAGUAUUGUCUGCUGCAACGCCACGCCGCUGUAUAA